AUGCCAAAAAACCUGGUGAAAAUCUGUAUAGCACUGUACGAUUACGAUGCAGCGACAGAGGACGAGCUUUCAUUCAAAGAAGACGACGUUCUAUAUAUUCUGGAAGACGAUGACAAAGAGUGGUGGAAGGCGAAGCUAAAAGUUUCGUUACAAGAUGGCGGUGGAAGUGACGAAGAUGGACCUAUUGGGCUUGUGCCGAGUAAUUAUGUUCAUGAGGCAGAAUAUGUUUCAGUAGCAAAAGCACUUUACAGCUACGAGGCACAAAACGACGAUGAAUUGUCGUUCGAAGCGGACGAUUUGUUAUAUAUAUAUGAAUCAGAUGAUAACGAUUGGCAUCUCGCAAAAUUCAACGACCAGUUCGGAUUAGUUCCGGCCAAUUAUCUCGAGGAGAGUUCAGUUGACGAUGUACAACAGGAAGGAGUAGGAACAGAAGACAAUGAAUUAGAGGGCGCGGCUGCGUCUGUUAAAUCCCAAAGUAAUCCUAAAGUAUCGGUAUUCCAGACAUUAUCGAGCGCCGCUGCAAAUGGUAAUAACAACUCGUAUUCCGAUCCGCUGAAACUAUAUGCUGCACGUCCAAAAGGUGCAUCUAGUGCUGCAAGUGAGACCAAAACGUGGUCAGUCUCGGCAGCCCCAGUCCAACAAUGGGACAUUGGUGACAUAACACACAUCAAAAACGACAAAAAACAUGUCCACAUAUCAUUCGGCGGCUCAAAACCUGCCACAUUUGAUUUUCACGCCGGGACAAAAACCGACGCCGAAGCGAUCUAUCAAAAAGCUAUGGAAUAUGCUGCAGUGGUUUUGGAAGUGCCAAAACGUGGCAUUAUUUUGUAUGAUUUUAAUGCACAGGGAGAUGAUGAACUUUCGGUGGUGGAGGGUGACGAGGUGUGGAUUGUUGAUGAUAUUAGUAGUGAGGAGUGGUGGAAAUGUCGAAAAGAUGAUAAAGAGGGGGUUGUGCCUGCUUCGUAUGUCGAUAUAAAGACUGAAGAAGAAGAAGCUGUCAAUGAAGAAGCCGAAGCAGCCGCUGAACGGCAAAGACUCGAAGAGGAAGAGCGUAUACAACAAGAAGAACUACGUCGUGAGGAAGAACGUCGUCAACGCGAAGAAAGAGAAAAACGGCGACGCGAAGCGGCAGAACAGAAACAACGCGAAAAAGAAAAACAGAGGCAGGCUGCUGCUUCUGCACCUCCGCUGCCACCACCUGUUUUACCAAAUCGUCCUCCUAUACGAUCGAAGGCUUCUUCUAAUGAAGACGCUAUAAAAAAAAUACAAACUCCCACAAACCGUCAACUUCCAGACAGACCAAACCAAGCACAAUCAAAAUCAAAACCAAUGCCAUCCAACACCAGAACAUGGACCGAUCGAACCGGUUCGUUCAAAGUUGAAGCCCAAUUUCUUCAAUACAUCGACGGAAAAGUCCACCUCCACAAACUAAACGGCGUAAAAAUUGCAGUCGCGGUCGAUAAAAUGACUGCUAUUGUGGCCGCCAAAUCAUCUAAAACUCAUCGAAGAGAUUACGACUGGUUUGACUUUUUUUUGAAAGCCGGUAUUGGACACGAGGAAGCGUAUAAAUACGCAACAUCGUUUCUUGCCGAGAAGAUGGAUGAUACUUCGAUUCCCGAUUUGAGUCGGGAUUUGAUGAAGGAACUUGGUGUUAAAGAAGGAGAUAUUAUUAGGAUUAAGAAAUAUCUUGAGCAGAAACCGCAGAUUACUUCGUCGUCGUCUUCUCAGGCUCCGAAGCAGAAGAAAAGCGUGAGUUUUGGUGGUGCUAACGUUAUCAGUGAAGAUCAAGAAUCUUCUGAUAAACGAAUGGCUCUUAGGAUGCAAUCGGAAGAAUUAAAAAAGGGAAGUACAGUUACCGAAUAUGACCGAAAGAUGCAAGAGAAACGUGAUCAACAACUAGCAAUCGAGCUACAAGAAGAGGAGAACAAAAUAGCACAACGAGAAGGCAGAUCGAUUCCUAAAGCAGCUGACAUAUACGGAAAUUUAGGAUCAAUAAUUAAAAAAGAAGAGAAAAAGCCAUCGUCGACGACUCCCCCGUUACUUUUCUCGGGGACAAACGGAGUGCUUAAAAACAAUACAAAGAAGGCACGACCACAGCCAAGCAAGACUGCUCCAAUACAAAUUGAUGCUAAAUCGUUUGUUAGUGAGAAGUCACAAAUUGAUGAAGCAUUUAAAACCUCGAGCUCUUCGUUUAAUGAAGAUAAAUUUGAGAAUGAUGCUUGGACUACGCCGAAUACGAAUAUUUCUACUCCUGCACUUGUGCCAACUUCUGUUGCUAAAACUAAUAAUAACGAUAAUAAGAUACCUGCACUCCCAACACCACCACCCGUUAUCAAUAAUACUGCUGCCGCCUCGAUUGUACCCACACCACCGCCUCCACCACCUGUUCAACCUCCAAUAAUAAAUUCUUCGCGUGUUAAACCAGUUGCACCUAAAUCUGCAGCUCAAUUUGAUACAAGCGCAUGGACCGGAAAUCAUAUUUCUCUUACUUCCUCGCCUACUCCUUCAGUUUUAUCAACAUCUGCUCCAUCAAUAAAUUCUAUUUCAUCAAAUUCGACUCUUGUCGCAACAAAUACACCACAACUUUUACAACAAUCGAAUUUACAGCAGGCACAACAAUUGCAACCACCGACAAUAUAUAAUCCUAUAAUAAAUCAGCAACCAUCAACAUCAUUACCACCACCAUCCCAACCUAUUAUCGUCGUUCCUACUAUUCAGACGCUUCCUCCGCCAUUAAUUCCGAUUUCCACGGGUGGUCGUUAUGUCGGAACCCAUAAUAAUGUAGUGUCCAAUAACACUUCUAAUCUAAAUAGUUUGAAUUUAAAUGUUGGAGCAUUUAAUGCCUUAAGUGGCGUUAACAGUGGAUUCAAUCAAUCUAAUAAUACUGGUUUAUUAGGUGCAAAUUCUUCUACAUGGACAAAUCAAAAUAUUUCGCCCAGUCAACUAUCAUCAACUUCUAGUGGCGGAUUCCCAUCUACUCAAUUCAAUUCCAACAAUUCCUUGACAUCUUUAAAUCACACCAAAUCAGCAACUCUGCUGACAUCACCAUAUACUCCUCCAUUGUCUCAACCACAAUUACCACAAUUUCAACAAUCACCACAAUUUCAACAAUCAUCUAUUCAAUUAUCGCAACAAUUAACGCAACAGCAAAACACCACAUCGAAAUAUGAGCCUCAAAAUGUAUUUGCGUCAAUGAAGUCGUCUGGUUUUGGAAGCAGUGCUUCUGGUAAAUAUGAUGCAUUGAAACAAGUAGAUGCACAAGCACCAACUGGUGGAUUUGGAUUUACAACAACUACCACCACUACUACCACCAGAAACUGGAAUCAAGUAAUUACCGCGCCCAAUAAUACUUUUAAUAAUGGAUUAUCAGGAAUCGGUGGUACUAGUGGUAGUCUAUUAAUGAUUGGUUCACUGAGUUGUGUAAGCAAUCCAAAUGAUUCAAGUAAUAAUAACAAACCAAGUAAUGACAGCAAACCAAGUGAUCCAAAUGAUAACAAUAAAGAAAAGUACUGGAGAUCAUUUGUGUAA